AUGGCAAAGCGCAAGAGGGACUCUCUCCCUCCCACCGCCUCCCCAGCUCCCACAGCCUCCCCCUCGGCUGCCCCAGACGAGGACGAGGGCAAGGCCCAUGUCGUCGUCCAGCUGGCCGACGGUUCCAAGGCCUGGAGAGGGAAGCUCAAGCCCAAGCGAACCUUUGAUCAAUGGGUCCCAAAGAUCGUUGAGCGACUCGGAGUCAGCGCUAGUCCAGAGUUGAGAGUCCUUCACGUUCGAGAUGGUGGAAAGGAAGUUGAGAUCCUUGACGACUUUGAUUUCUCGGCUCUCAAGUCUAGAGCUGCGUCAGCUACUACGCCCCUGACGGUCAAGAUCUACACCCCAUCUACCAGCAACAAGAAAGCAGCCCUUCCUCAAACCCCUACCCCCGCUGCUGCUUCCAAAACCCCCAACAACACACCAGCUACUGUUCAGAAAUCCAAGAAGAAAGGAAAGGGCGAGGUUUCAACAGCCCCUGCUCCCCCUUCUACACCGGCAACGUCCAAGAAGAACAGGGAGAAAGCGAAGGCUAUUCCUCAGCCCGACCUGCCGCCCGUCAUCCAGACAGAUAGACCUUCUCAGCCCUCUCCUGCUCCCCCAAUUGCGCCUGCGACCAAGACAAAGAAGAGGAAGCGUGACUCCACAUCUCUGAAUGUCGAGGAGGCCCCUGCAAGUUCUACCCCAGGACCCUCUCAACAUGCUCAAGGAUCCAAGAAGAGCCCGUCUCCCACUCAGCCCAAGAAGAAGCAGAGAAAGAGAGCUUCUCAGGUAUCUUCACCUCCAGCCUCCCCGGCUCAGAAGGCUCCCACCUUCUCUUUGAACGCCCCCUCGCCUGCUACUGCCACGGGCAAUCCCUUCCAAUUCUCAUUCUCCCCUGCCAACUACAACAAAUACAAACCCGCCAAACCUAGUCCCCUUGGGAGAAUGGACAAUCCUAUGGAAUCUGAGGGUGAAAAGGAGACGGAGAAAGAUGGCAAGCAGAAGGCGCGCAAACCGAGAAAGAGGAAGGAGAAGGCUGCUGCUGCUUCCGAGGCUUCUAGCGUUGCCAAGGCCCCAGAGGUCCCAAUUCCUGCCCCCAUCUCUACCCCUGCCAAAGAAAGCUCUGUAUCUGCGCCUGCACCCUCCACUCCUGCUACUUCCGAUAACACGACUCCGAGUAAAACUAGGAAGCCGAGGGCAAAGGCAACUCCGAAGCCGACCACUCCGGGUGUGUCUAGUGAGAUCAUGAGGAAACAUCGUGAGAUGCUGGCUGCUGAGGCUGCCGCCACAGGAAUCAGCGCCCCUGAAGCUUCUUCAACUUCUGCCUCUGCACCUGCCCCUUCCCAGCCCUCGACGCCCACGCCCAAAUCUGCUUCCAAAGCCUCGAAAGGCAAAGCUCCUGCGAAACCGAAGCCUGGUCCUCGCGCCAGUCUGGCCGCAGAGAUUGCGGCCCAGAUCCUCAGAGAGACACAGGCGAAAGAAGCCGCUGCUAAAGCAGCCAAGGAGAAAGAGCUGGAGGAGGAGGCGGAGGGCGAUGCGAUGGCUGUCGACGCUCCCGCUGCGGUCUCUUCUCCAAAUGCCGCUUCAUCAUCAUCCAAUACAUCUUCACUGCCUGAACCUUCCACUCCCGCUUCCGGAUCAGGCAAGAAGACAAAGUCCAAGAAGGUGGCUUCCCGAGCCAGUACAUCGACCAACAAUACGCCGAAUCACGAGGAUGUGGAAAAGGAGGCAGGUGAUGCCAGUGAGCACGAGGAGCCCCAGGGAGCUGUUGCGACGGCUGAGAGACAGCCGGAUGUUGAGGUCGAGCGUGCGCCAGAUGUGUCAAAUGAGGUGCAAGCGAAUGGAGACUUCGAAACGCGAGAAGAGGAGAUAAUUCAGGAGCCUGUCGCGGAGCCCACUCAGGUUUCACUGCCCCCUCCAAAGCAACCAGAGUGCAUCAUCUGCCAAGGUCUCUCCCACCCUCAAGUUGAAUGUGAGGUCGUCAAAGCGGGCAUUCCUCGUCUGCGACAGGUAUUGGCUGUGAGAUGCACCGAGGAGAAUUCCGAGGCGGCUGUGAAGGCUAUCGAGAUGUGGAUUCAGAGGCUUGGGAGAGUUGCCAAUGCUGUGACAGGUGCCAGUCCCAAACCCUCUACACCCAAGCGAGUGGACAGUCGGAGCACAACAGCGCCCGCAAAGAACUCUACCGUCACCUCCCACGAUGCCCCGACUUCGAACAGGAAAGCCGUGUCCGAGUCAUCCGCUUCAGAUGUGUCCAAAUCCCCCACGCCUCCUCCUGUACCGCCAACACCACUCCCCGAAUUGCCACCUAUAUACCAUAAAGCCCUUUCGCGAAAGGCCGGUCCUGGUUCAGCAAUCAGCGUCUCGGAUGCAGUCAUCGAGACCGGAAGCUCUGCCUCUGAUACCGAGUCUGAGAGCGAAUCUGACUCGGGCAGCAGUUUUGGGGAUGAGGGUAGCAGAAGCGAUGGGAGUACAAGGAGCACCCGUGCUCGCUCAUCGUCCGCCUCAUCGAGCUCUUCAUCUGGUUCAAGCCGCGACUCGCCUUCCCCUCCCCCUCCAGACCUGUCAUCCCUUGACCCGGGAGCUGCUUUACGGCAUUUCCUCACUGCUCCUCUUUCGCAGAAGCAAAGGCGUGCUGCUAGAGACUCUGCAGCUCAUAUGCAGGCCCCUGGAAUAGAUGACGAGGAUGAGCCCCAAGUUGCUUCCGAUGUAGACUCUGAAGAGGAAAGGCGCGCAAAUGGGUCAUUCCAUAGGGGAAAGGAUGAUGAUGAGGAAAGCCUGGUUGACGGCUACGGCUUGGAUGAGGACGAAAAGGAGGAUGAGAGCGUGGUCGACGAGGAAGAGCAUCGAAACUCUGUUCCUGUGGUCACUCCGAAUGAGGAGCCAGGACAGGGGGAUGAGAGGGCAAAGUCAGUUGAAGACAUCGAGGAGUCCGAAUCAUUCGAGACCCCCGUGGCUGUUGCCACUCAAGUCGAGGACAUCGAGCAGGAGUCCGAACCAAUGGACAUUGAUACCGUCACGCAGUUCCCCUCUCAAGAAGUGGCCAUUGACGGCAACAUUCAGACUCCCCCCGAUUCCUCUCAGCUGCUCCAAACCUUUGAAUCCUCCAGACAGUCCUUUAGUGAUCUCGCUGCCCUUGCCAGUCCCGGUGCACCUCCUAACGAACUCCCUGGCGAUAUCGCCAUUAGAGACACUAUCGAUGAGGAAGAUCCUUCUCAAAGGGUGGCACGGGAUGAACCGUCCAUUGAGAUACAUAUUUCAAGCUCCAACAAUGGCCCCAUGUCUCCUCCUGCAUCGGCUCCUUUGCCUCUGGAGGAGGAUUCGCUCCCGGCCACUCAGAUGAUCCCAGAAACCCAGCUCGAAGCCGUCACGCCCACAGCGAGAUCUUUAACUACUAGGAGAAGUACUCGUCAGUCGUCCAGGCAGCCUUCGAUGGAAUUGGAGCGGUCGCCUGAUCUUCGACCUGCUGUCACAUUUCAGGUCUCUCAUGUUCGCAAUGGGGGUGCCUCCUCGCCCCCGCUGGAUCUUCCUCCUUCCUCCUACCCUUUGAACAGUCAGCCUGAUAUCGCUCCUCCUACACCAUCUAGGCGCCGCCUUCGUUCUGCCUCUCGAGACCCUCCACCUCCCGAGGCUGCUCCUGCGCCGAGGUCCAGGAGCACGAGAUCAUCAUCACGGCAACUCGAGGUUCCCUCUACCCCACAACCUCCAGUGAGGCGCUCGACCAGAAGGACCGCUUCGCAAUCCAAUGAUGUUCAGGCUUCGCAGCCCGAACCUGCGCCUGUACCUACCAGACGAUCUUCGAGACGCCAGACGACACCUUUAGCUUCUUCGCAAGUGGAUCAGCUUGAUCCUUCAUCUCCGCCAGCCAAUCAGGCAGAGGUCGUUGAGGAGUCUCCGUUGUUCAUCGCCGAGACGCAACCUAAUGGAUCUCAAGGAGAGUCGCAGGAGAGCCAGACCCAAAAGGAUAUUGGGAGGUUCUGGAAGUAUGGGGGUAGCCAAGAAAGUCCCCUCUUCAUGUCACAAGGAUCUCAGUAUCCCCAAACGCAGGCAUACAAUAUCUACCCCACCCUGGAAUCAUCGGAUACCGAUUCUACUCCCAAAGCCAAGAAUGCGGUGCCCGAAUCAUCUCCGACGGAUCACAUUGGAGAUGCAAGGAGGAACGGUACGCUGAGAAUGGGUAGUCCCAUUAUCGAGGAGGAAGAGGAAGAAGAAGAAGAAGAAGGUGCUAGUCACAAGGAUGACGAUGGGCGAACGCCUACCGGAGAGGACCAGUCAAUGGAACAAGAGAGCGAUGCGUCAGACGACGAAGUACCUAUCAACUCCAUACCCAUCCCCCGUCCUGCGUCUCAACCCUCUCAGUCACUGUAUCCAACAUUGAAACCACUUCCCCAUCCGGCUUCUCAGGGAAGUAGCUUCCCAACGCUGUCCAGCCUGCCUCGUGAUGUUCUCAGGGGCUUCACCUCUAUGUUUGCUUCUCCAUCGAAGCCGCAGCCCGAGUCAAGUAACAAAGGACAGAGCACGAUGAGGGAUGUGGCCGAGCAGAUGCAGGGGGUAGGUGGCGAUGAUAGUGAGAGCGAGACUAGUGGUGACUCGAGUGAGGAGGAGCAGCAGCCGGAAAAGCUUCGAGGACGUUUUGCGGGGACCAAGGCAAAGAAGGCGAAGGCGAAGCCUGUGGUGCAGGGAUGGUGA